AUGGGAUCUGUUGUGUUACAACCAUUAUCUUCUCUUAUGAUGUUAUUGGAUUGUGAUAAUAGUAGUAGUAUUAGUAGUAGUAAGAAGAAGAACAAUUCCGACAGUUUAAACUUGGAUCAAGAAGAAAACCUCUUCAUGAUGAUUGGCAAAAUAUCAAGAGAUAAUCACGUUCUUUCCACGAGCUCUACUGCUUUUGAUCAGGAGGGAGUGACUUAUUCUCAUCAUCAUCAUGAAAAUGUUAUUGAUGAAGCCAUUGUACAAGAUGAAGGACAUCAAGAGUUUCCAUUGACCACUACUGAUAAUAAUAAUAAAGAAUGGUGA